AUGGCGGCGAUCGGUCUUCUUGUACUUUUGGCGGUAGCAGCAGUUUCAGCUUUACCAGCUGACCCAAUCAUCCGGAAAUAUGAGGAGACCCGGUACAACUAUGUGCGUGGACCGGACGGCACCCCUCACCUGGUAGACUUCUGGAUGAAGACGAGUGAUCUGAGAGACACUGCCAAAUACAACCCUGACAGACAAAACGUGUACCAUCUUUUCACCAGAGAAAACCCCACAGUCAGCCAACCGCUUGUCAUUGGCAACCCCAAUCUACUCCAGGGUAGCAACUACAACGCUGCACGCCGCACCGUCAUCCUCAUCCACGGAUAUGGUGGAUCACCUCUCUCUAACUUCAACCUCGCUCUCAUACCUAGUUACCUGGCAGCUGCUGAUGUGAACGUUGUCGUUGUGGACUGGAGCCGUGGCGCAGAAGCUUCCAGCACUGUUUGGAGCGCAAUCUUCAACUUAUUGUCCUCCGGCAAUGUGAGGGACUUCAUUGCAUUCAUCUAUGAUAACACCGACCAGCCUUUGUCUACCAUUAACUUGGUUGGUGACGGUCUUGGUGCUCUGCAAGCAGGCAUCAUCGGCAGAAGAUUGAGGAGACAGAUUGGAUAUAUUACCGGUCUGGACCCCACAUACUGGAGCGCUGUACAAGAACUGUUGCCGCAACUGAGACGCAACGAUGCCCAGUACACCGAAGUCAUCCAUACCAACGUUGGAAAUCUGGGAUACAUCAAACCCAUGGGCCAAGUCGACAUCUACCCUAAUGGAGGAAUUAACAUGCCUGGAUGUGGUCGAGAUGACCUCUGUGAUCAUGAGAGAGCAUACUUUUACUUGGCUGAAGCUUUGACCAGCGGUGGAUUCACCAGCCGCCAGUGCGCCAAUUAUGAAGAGGCUUUAUUGGAGGAAUGCACCGGCUCCGCCACCGUGAACUUGGGUGGAGUUGAACCUAAGACAGGAGUCACCGGUAUCUACUCUGUGCAAACAAACGCCAGUCCACCAUUCUCUCAGGGUUGAAUAAUAGAUAAUUAAAUUUU